CGCUACAGCACACAUCUACGACGUCGACGUCGGGCGCUUCACAUUACGUCGCUACAUUCACAGUGCGGGGCGGAUGAGGCCACUUAUUUUAUUGCUGACUCUACAAUGGUUGGGGAACGAAGCAGUUUCCAGCUUCGACGCGUCUCGUCUAGUGAUCCAACACGUGUACCGAGGCAAUGACUCCGAGGCCGCAGUCUGGACCAACAGUCGCCUCCAGAACCUUUUGAUGACCCAGAGGCCCGCGGGCCGCGAGGGCGAAGCCCCCAGGAUCGACCGAGGCACAACCGUCUACCGCAGAAUACUCUGACAUGCCGAUAGCGACUUCUCCAGAAAUAUCUCCCACCUUCUGGAGAAUCUGCUGAAGAACUACGAGCGUUCUGAACUGCCAAAUCAUGGGAAAGGAGAACCAACUGUUGUCAAAACCAACAUUCUGAUCCGCAGCAUGGGUCCUGUCUCGGAACUUGAUAUGGAGUACUCGAUGGACUGCUACUUUCGUCAGUCGUGGAGGGACUCUCGGCUCAGCUACAAAGGACCAAUCGAGAACCUCAGUCUAAGCAUCAAGAUGCUGGAGCGUAUCUGGCGACCUGACACAUACUUCUACAACGGCAAACAAUCGUACGUGCACACCAUCACGGUGCCCAACAAACUGCUGCGGAUAACUCAGCACGGAGAUAUUCUUUACUCAAUGAGACUGACGAUAAAAGCAACAUGUCCAAUGCAGCUUCAGAGUUUUCCUAUGGACUGGCAAAGUUGUCCUCUCCUUCUUGGAAGCUAUGCCUACCCGUCCCACCAACUGCAGUACCAAUGGCAGAGUGCGAAAGCUGUCUCAUUCUCUCCUGGUAUGACUCUAUCACAGUUUGAUCUGAUGAGCAGCCCUCAAAGGAACUUCACAUUCAAGCGCAGAGAAGGAGAGUUUUCAUUGCUGCAAGUGAACUUCAACUUGCAGAGGAACACAGGAUAUUUCCUUAUCCAGGUGUAUGUUCCUUGUAUCCUGAUUGUGGUACUGUCCUGGGUAUCUUUCUGGAUACAUCGGGAAGCCACUAGUGACAGGGUGGGACUGUGUAUCACAACUGUGUUGACCUUGUCCACCAUCAGUUUAGACAGUCGGACUGACCUUCCUAAGGUUCGGUACGCCACAGCAUUAGACUGGUUCCUCCUGAUGUCUUUCUUAUACUGUAUAGCUACUCUGCUGGAGUUUGCCGGUGUGCACUACUUUACCAAGGUGGGAAGUGGUGAAAUCCCGGUGGACGAAGAAGAGUGGGAAGACGUCGGAGUGGAUGAGGUGGUAGGUCUGAGUGUAGGGAUGGACCUCAGUCGAGCCCGAGCAGGUAGUGACACAGAGAGCCUCACAUUCAGAGCUGCGCGUCGUCGCUCAUCACUCAUAUGUCCAAUAUACAAUGACCCAAGUAUAGGAAUGACAGGAGGUAUAAGCGCAUCUCCCAAAAGACUCUCUCUGUCUACAGUUGGCGCUCGAGUGCACACGAGCCGCACGACCGUCGAGCGCCAGACUCAGACUGAGAAUCAAGUGCCAAAGUGGAAACAGCUCUUUUACUGUCUUGUGGGUUACGAGAACUACCGCAAGCAAAGAGAGCGGGAGGCUACGAGAGAGGUACCCAAACACGUCAACAGUGUGUCGUACAUUGACCAGGCUUCGCGCAUUCUGUUCCCAACGUCCUUCGCUGCUCUCAACCUCGCCUACUGGAUGUUCUACGGCGCUUCGCCUGAAGACUUUCAAUGGAAAGACCCUAUGUCAGUUAGCCAUUGAACACAAAUUUAUUGGUCUUUUUUCUUAUUUAUUAGAGAGAGCUUUGAGUAAUAUUUUGAUCUCUAAGCACUUUGAGAAGACAUUGGAAAGAAAAUUAGCUUUGCAAAGCAUUCAGGGAACUAUUAUAGUAAAUUGGUUGAUGUCAGAAAUAUAGUAGAAUUCCAACCAUCUGGAUCCCCCCAAAGGAAAAAUAAAGAUGUUACCAGUACUACUGACAAAAUUCCUUAUCAAUCUUUUAACAGCUGUCGACAAAUUAGGUUUGUCACCAAAUUUUAGCGAAUUUUCCUAUAGGGAAGUAGUUAUUACCGUAGGUGGCAUGGUAAGACCUGGGCCCGGAACCAAUAUCCUUUUUAAUUUUGAUGUCCCUAGAGACCAAAAAACUAUUUGCUAAAAUUUGAAGUGUUUUUGUACAGCUAUUAGCUACUGAGACUAUUUAAAAAAUUGUAAAUUUAAAAUUCCCAUUUUAUUGUUAUGGAGAAUAAGUUUACUGUAUUUGCGUAUGGAUAUAUUUUGAUAACACUUGGCAAAUUUAUUUAUUUUAUACUAAGCUAUUAAUAUUUUGCUAAAAAACACACUUUUUUAUUACUCUCCCUGUAGAAGCAUACCUAGGUACUUGUUAAACCUAAUGUUAUUUAAAUAGAUUUAAUUGAAAAUCCAAUCAGGUAAAUGAAAAUUCAUAGUGAUGGGACAAACGACUGAUUUUGACCAUCCGACGUUUCAUCCGAUAGUCUUCAGAUGGAUGAUUCAUUCGAUGGUUUUCUAGUGUAGUGGGGUGGGGAGAGUCCGUGCUGCUGCCGGAGACAGAUAAAACUAUCUGUCCGACUAGAGAAUGAAUAGAUAGACCAUCCUGUUCGCGCGCCUGAUUAGAAAGAUAGUUUUAAUAGUGUGGCGUUUGGCGUUCCUAUCCAGCGCCAUAUUUCGGAGAAUUUAACCAUUUAUGAAUAAACAGAUAAAUCAUAUGUUUGAGUGUUUUAGAUGUUUUGCCUGAUUAAAGAACUAACAUUUAGUAAAUUACUUCCCUCUUCUAUGUAUUAUUUUUUACAAUAAAUAUAUUUAUUUAUUUUUCAUUCGUUUAAAGUUAUUAAAACAAUUAUAUGUUAUUUUUUACAAGGUUUGUUAUUUGCUAUUUAAGAAGACUAUUCCCAUUUUUCUAAGUUGCUUGGUUGUAGUUAUUUAAUCUUUUGAUGUGUCCAGAUUUCUGACCACUCGUUAUAUUUGAUGUUUUACUCACGUAAUAAUUAUACACCUUUAAAAAGGUAUCAAGGCUGUUAGUAUACUAACUUAAUAAUAUUAUUAAUAAUUUAAACUAAAAUUAAUUAUAUCAAUAUCUG